CAUCUGCAGGAAGUGAUAGAAAUGAAGAAAAACAGCCUCUUGACUUUCCUGGCUGGGCGGUACCAGUGGGCCUCCCAGGUGGGCGCAGCACCCUUCACAGGAGGGGCAGGUGGGGAGGUGGCCAAGCGGCAGGACAUCCCGUCCCCUCAGCGGUCCCUGCAGGAGAAGGCACCUUGCAAGGAUUUCUUCUGGAAGACCUUCUCCUCCUGCAAAUAA